CUAUGGAAUGUCCAAUGUCAACGUCAAAUAUGUAACGUGGUGAUGGUUCUUGAGAAAAUAAUUUGAAUAUUUAUAAAUUAUACAUGAAAUGAUUUGAGAAACUUCAACAAAUAAAAUAUAUUUUCCGAAUUAAAUAGAAUAAUGAUAAAGAAUUCUGGGAAGAGGCAUAAGAAAUAUUGAAUGGAAUAGGUCAAAUCAGAUAUUGUCAAUUAAUUGGAGAAAUGAAAGGAGGUUAGGAAUUUGGGCAAUCGCCCAUUUAAGAAUUCAUACCAUCAUGUGAACAGUGGGAAUGCGUCAUGGCAGAAUUUUUGCCAUUAUGUGAUCUUCUCUUCAACGUGGUAUCCUUAGCUGCAUAUUUCUGUGACUUCGUAUUCGAUAUACUUGUCAUAUACGAGUUAUACAAAAGAAACCAAACGAUAUUAUUUAUCACAGCUAUUGGAUCUUGCAUAUUAACUGCCAUUAUAACCCAAAUGCUCUCUUUAUAUUGGUAUUUGAAUAAGAAACCAAAUGGCUGGGCAAGAUGUUUUGUGAUAGUUUUCCACUUCACCCAACUCGGAGUUUUGUGGAGAUAUUCUCGUCUUUUAGUACCUGUUCAAUUAAGUAGUGUUAAGAGAGAAGUAAGGGAUCUAUGUAUAUUGAGGUUGAUUCAUGGCUUUCUCCAGGCAGCACCUAUGUUGCUUCUGCAACUGAGCUUUUUGCCCACUAAUGAAGAAGGGCUUCCUUCUGAUUUACUAACAGUGUCAGCAUCAUUAUCAUUAUUUUCUAUUUGUUGGUCAUUAGCAUCUUUCAGUAAGCAUGUCCAAAGUGUAGACAGACUUGUUUUGACUUGGUUUGGGGUAGUAUCCCAAUUGUUAUGGAGGGGUGGAACUGUUACAGCUAGAGCCCUUGCUCUGGCAGCAUAUGCAGCAAGUUACAAAUCCUGGAUUUUCUUAGUACUUUCUCUACAUUGGGCUUGUAUGUUUUUAUGGCUGCUGUCUCCUAAAAGUCCAUUUCAUGGUCAGAGAGGAAGUAAACUUGGACUUUGCGCCUUAAUUGCUGCUAUUUAUAUAUUGGCAUACAUUAAUCUACAAGAAAAACCUCAUGGAAGGACUAUGACAAUUUUUUAUGUUAUUAUGUUUUUCGAAAACUGCCUUUUAGUAAGUGCAUGGUUAGCAGCUGUUUGGUACAAUAAACCUACUUAUUGGGAACUUGUUCCAAUACUUACUGUAGUUCUCUUUUUGGUGGGAAUUGUGUUCAUGUUGAUGUAUUACAAGUUUUUCCAUGUAAAGAGGUUAUUGGAAAAGCCUACAGCACCUCCUGGGGUAUUCAACUGUCGUUUCAGUAACCCUGCAGCAGCUGCAUUAUACCGCAAAAAGAAGAAACCAACUACUUUUGUACCUCCACCUGUUUUAUCCCCAAUGGCAGUACCAUUUUGGAGGAGACCUUUACCUUCUUCUAGUGAAAACGAAGGCAGCAGUGUUGGAUCUAGGGUGAAUAUUCAUCAGAAACUUCAAGAAAAAAAGCAGAAACAACUCGCUGAACUUAAGAUAAUAGAAGAAGAAAUCAAACAGGGUAAAUUGGUUGGUCCAGAAGGAGUAGAUCUGGACGAUCGUCAACCGAUACCUCGCGAGAAAAAACAUGUGGAACCUCAGCUUAUAAGUUUGGCGUCGCUCAACAACCUGGUCAGCUAUGGAGUGAAUCUGAAUCGGAGGCCACCUCCCAGGGCACCAAGGUGCAGAACACCAGAGCUUCUUUUAACCCCCAGGUAUUUGUACUGUGAUUGUGCGGUGAACGAACCUGAGGUGAUGGAAAUGCCUGGACCUCAUGCUCCAUCAGACUUGGAGAGCCAGCUGUCUCUCCCCAGGUCUUAUACCUUGCCAAGAGAGUUCAAAUAUUAUCGCAGGCAGAGAUUGAGUAGACCUGUACAGACUGUUGCUUCUACAAAUAGUAGUGAUGGCGAUGUUGACUCUGCAGAUGAAGAGAGCGAUUGUAAUCCUCCGCCAGCAGUGGUGAGGCCUCUCAGGCGGCAGUUCAGGCAUGAAACAAAGUUGUGAUUUUCUUUUUAUAUAUAAGAUUGAUAUAGAAAAUUGUUUUAGAAUUUUUUUAUAAUUAGGGUUUUUUCAGAGUUGUCUGAAAUAUUGUUAUUAGUGUUAGGUCAUUCAAACGUUUAAUGCUGUAGAAAGUCAGUAAUGGCCAACAGGACAUUUAAUUAAUUUACAAUCUGCCUGUUACUGAUUUUCUAUUAGUUAAGAAUUGAGUAGGAGAAUGAAAGAAAUUGAACUGGCAGAAGUCUACACUCAGAUUAUACCAUAGCAUAGAAAAUGGGCCUAUAUGGAAGGAGAUUAGGGACCCAUUUAGCUCUUAUUGAAGCUCAUCAGUAUCAUAUAACUCUAGAAAGGACCUUUUCUUGAAAGAUAAGCUGUAAAACCUACAUUGGUGUUCUUACUAUCAAGUUUGUUGUGAGGAUCCUGCCGAUACAUGUUGAGUACAUAUUUCCAUAUGUUUCAGCAAUGCAACAAAUUGCAUUAGAAUUGAAUGACCUAUCAUCCUCCGCAAUAUUCCAGAUUCCUUAAAAAAAAAUUCUAUAUUUGAUUUGGGAGGCCUAUCAUCAAGAUUAUAUUUGGUACAAUUUUUUCCAAACACCUAUUGGGGAUAAAGUUUCUGUUGUGUGCAGUCUACCCUUUCAUGUAGAAUGCUAACUUAUUUAUCAAAAUUUCGAAGAAAAAAUUGAAAGAACAGUGAAUUGAUUUGAAUUCAUAAAAGUGAAUAAAAUUGAAGAAGAAAUUAAUAUCCAACAAUGGUGAAAAAUGUUCAUUGGACAUGGUAUAAGUUAAUUUAAUCAAUUGCAUCCUCGAUGUAAUUUUAUUUUUUUGACAUGAAGUAGGAAAUUUGUUUUCAAAAGUCCAUAAUUAUGUUUUAUGCGGUAAUUAGGUGUUAUAAAAUCUUGUUGAUGGAUCUCAUUGGUGGGAAUAUGCUAUUCAAUAAUUUGAGGUGUUAAUUAAGGCUCAGUGAGAAUAAAAACAAAUAUGAUAAAGCAACCGUUGAAAAAAAUGAUUAAUAAAGAAAAAUCCGCCAGCGAACCUUAUUGUUAAUAUUGCUUUCCAAAAUGAAAGUUCAUAUUAUUCUCUUCCAUUCAAAUUAUUGCUUUUAUUCCUGCUGUGCAGAAUUGAGUAGAUCAUUUUACCUUACUGUUGAAUGACGUUUCAAUCUAGAUUAUGUUAUGUUGUCAGAGAUGACAAAACAAAGGCUGUGUUAAUAAUUGAAGAAGUAAACGUCAUUCACCUAUAUAUGUUGCAAUUACGAUGUAGAAAUGAUUUGAUUCUAUACUUUUCAAAUGUACUUAUUAUUUUAGAUGGUAGUGAUUUUACCAUCAAUUGGUUUAGAAAAGUUUUAAUUAUCGAAUAGCAUAAAUGAUAAAUGGUCUGGUUCCAUGUUUAGGAAAAUUGAGACAGAAAUGUGUUAUUGUACUUCAUCCUUUUGAAUGAUUCUUUUAGAACUGACUUUGUAUAUGAAAUUUUAUGACUUUGAUAUAGUUAUCUUGUAUUUUAUAUGUAUACAAAUUUUCCACUAGGUGCCUUAUAAUGUAUUAUUUAUUUUUGUACAUCGUAUUUUGUAAUAAAACAUUUAUUUUGUA